AUGUACGACGAGCCUGAUUCAGUCGGGAACCCUGUGAGGAGUGUGGAGGCCAGAGCAGUGCGCAUCGUUCACUUGUCAGUGAACAUAACAGCAGCGAGCAGCGGAACCGAGGAAUGGCGGAGGACCGGGGUAUCACUUACCAGUGACGGAGGGCGAGCACAACGGCAACCUGCUGCAGAAAGUCCAGACCAAUCCCCUUCUCAGCCCCCCUCCCUUUCUGUCGCCCAACCCCCCUCUACUUCCCAAUCCCCUUCUCAGCCCCCCUCCCCUUCUGUCGCCCAAUCCCCAUCUCCUUCCCAAUCCCCUUCUCAGCCCCCCUCCCCUUCUGUCGCCCAAUCCCCCUCUCCUUCCCAAUCCCCUUCUCAGCCCCCCUCCCCUUCUGUCGCCCAAUCCCCCUCCCCUUCCCAAUCCCCUUCUCAGCCCCCCUCCCCUUCUGUCGCCCAAUCCCCCUCUCCUUCCCAAUCCCCUUCUCAGCCCCCCUCCCCUUCUGUCGCCCAAACCCCCUCUCCUUCCCAAACCCCUUCUCAGCCCCCCUCCCCUUCUGUCGCCCAAACCCCCUCUCCUUCCCAAACCCCUUCUCAGCCCCCCUCCCCCUCUCUUUACCAAUACCCCUCUCUGUCCCCCUCCCCCUCUCUUUACCAAUACCCCUCUCUGUCCCCCUCUCCCUCUGUAGGCCAAACCACCACUCCGCCCACCUCCCCCUCUCUUUCCCAUUCCCCCUCUCUGGCCCCCUCCCACUCUGUGGCCAAAACACCCUCUCCGCCCCCCUCUCCAUCUCAAUCAGACCCAUCCUCUCUAAACAGCUCCCCAUUCCAUCCUCCUUCCCCAAUCCCUCCUCCUUCCCCAAUCCAUCCUCCUUCCCCCAUCCACCCUCCUUCCCCCAUCCACCCUCCUUCCCCCAUCCAGCCUCCUUCCCCACCCAGUGAAUGGGCAGCAGAAGCCCCUGAGGCUGUUGAGGGUGCUGCACAUGUGGCUGAUGAGAAUGGUGCAGUUGGAGAUCCCACAAGCCUGCCUGGCAUCAUUGCAAGCCUAAAGGCUAAUUUGCAGGCCAUGCUGGCAAAUGUUGAGAGGAUGGAAAACAUUUUCUAAUUUGUUAAUUGUAAAAUUUGAAAAUAUUUGUUCUUGGUUAUAAAAAAAAAAA